AUUAGCCAUGGGUACGCGUCAUCAUUAGGCGACUGUCCUAGCAAGCGGCUGGUAAACUAUCCUCUUCUUCAGACACAGGCGGUAUCUUUUGUUUUUUUCCUCAGAUUCUGAGCCCUGAUGACUGCCUCCACCCGUACCACUGUGCUGUCACUGUACAUGCGUGUUUUUCGCAUCGCCCGAACCUGGCAAGCACAGAGUGGUGUUCUGAGUGACACGGAGACAGAGAGGAAGUACAUACUGCAGGAGGCCCGCACUCUUUUCAGACAGAACCAAAAGCUCACAGAACAAGAAUCAAUAAAAAAGUGCAUAGAGGAAUGUGAAGCGAGGAUAGAAAUCGGUCUUCAUUACAGAAACCCAUAUCCAAGAGCUACGUAUCUACCACCCAUGGGACUGGCAACUCAGAAGGGCAGGAAGCUGCGAGCACAGCAGCGCCUGAGGAAACAGGCCAAACCAAUUUAUUUACAGUCACAUGAUGAGACCUGAUGCUCGACAUCCCCGAUCUUUGUCAAGAGUUCAAGUUACCAAGGAGAGAAAACUAGAGUGCUGUUGCAGUCGAGAUGCUGCAAGCACUCAAUGAUGCAGGAACGCACGUCAUUCAGGAUAAAGCCACUUUUCAUUGUAUUUUCUUUUUCAAAACACAAUCAUGAGUUGUAACUGUAGGUGAAGAGCGUCAGAUUCCUUUCAGCUCAGGAAAGCUCCCACUGUACCACUUUGUAAUAUCAUACAAGUUUGUAUGUUUUAUUUAUCGUUGAGUUCAUUUGAUUAAUAAAAGUGUCUCAAUGUG